AUGCCCAACAAAUCGUCUAAAGCCUUCUGGCAGCCCGUGAUCACGGAGCUUACCACCCUCCGCCAAACCAAGGACCUCGCGGUGCCCUCCUUCCUCACCUAUGACCGCUUCGGCCAGGGCCAAACCACCGAUCGCGACCCCCAGGACGCCGUCACUGAGGACCCCUCGCACGGCCACGACUGCCUCUCCGCCGUGCACGACCUACACCAACUCCUAGUCCAGCUAAUUCCGGCCAAACUGGGCCUCCCUGGCCCCCCAGACACGGACUCAGACUCAGACUCUCUCCGCCUCAUCUUCGUCGCCAACUCCCUCGGCUGCGCCCUUGCUCGUCUCUACGCGGCCCAAUACCCCGGCUCCACUCAGACGACCCUGACUUCCCGCCCUCCAAGCACUUGCCCCCCAACCGUCAACGUCGAAACACUCCGCGCCGUCCGCGCCAACACAACUCGAAUCUUUCACCCCACCGCCCCCAACAAAGAAUCACUCUCUCGCAAGAACCUCGCUACCCUUCUCCCUGAAGCCUCGGAGCCCAAGCUCAUCGGCCCUGCGGCCCAGGGCGGUCAUCCCUACGUCACAGUCAUUGGCCACGACUUCGAUGCGUUUGCGACGGAGUCGACGAAAAUGGGCAUUCCUGAGGCAUUGACGAAUCUGUAUGUGAAUCCUGCCUGGGAGAGGUAUAACCAGGACUUGGUGGGGAUUACAGAGCCCGGGUUUGCGAGGGGGCCGGUUAGGGCUACGGGGGCGGGGCAUUUUAUUCAGAAGGAUCAGCCGGGGUUUGUGGCGGGAGAAAUGGAGGGGGUUCUUGGGAGGUUGGGGGUUUAG